AUGUCAUUGAAUAAACAUAAUAAUGACGAUGUUGAUGAAGAAGUUCUUAUAAUUUGUGAUGAUAUUGAUAAUGUUUUUGAUUUGGCAAUUAGCGGUGUAACUCUUGCAGCAGAGUAUUACUUAAGAUUUUGUUUAAAGACUCCAUGCAGAACUUCUCUUCAUACAGUAUGGCUUAGAACCAACAAGAAACAUAACCGUAGAGGAGAUGGUUGUUAUGUUCCUAAUGAUGGUAGGACAUGGGGUAGGGAAUCGAAUGAUUCAAGAACGAUUCCAACUCUUUGGGGAGACAGGUGGGAAGGUACCGCACAUGAUGCUAGAAUAUUUGAUCAAGCACUUAGAAGACAAAAUCUUAAUUUUCCCCAUCCUCCAGCAGGUAAAUAUUAUUUAGUUGAUUCAGGAUAUCCAACAAUGUUGGGCUACUUAGGACCAUAUAAGGGCGAACGUUAUCAUCUCCCUGAUUUUGGACGUAACUCAAGUUUCAGAAAUCCGAAUGAGGUUCAUCUUGUUAGAUCUACUAUGACUAUACAUAAUUUUAUACGAAGAAACUCUUCCACCGAUGUUGAGUUUGACCAUUAUGCAAAUGAAGAUAAUAUGCCAGAGCUUGAAGAAGAAGAUGGGCAAUCAGACAUUCACUCAGAAAUGCAAGGAAUGUCUUCUAAUGUUAUGGAGUUAUUACGUAAUAGAAUUAGAGAUGAUAUUAUUGAGAACUCUCCUAAUGUAUAA